AUGGCAGCGGCGUGCGGGCGGUGGCGGUGGUUGCUCUGGGCGGCAGUGGUUGCACAUGUGGUGGCAUCAGGUGCGGGUUUUGUGGAGGAUCUAGAUGAGUCGUUUAAAGAAAACCGUAAAGAUGAUAUUUGGCUUGUAGAUUUUUAUGCACCUUGGUGUGGCCACUGCAAGAAACUGGAGCCUGUGUGGAAUGAAGUAGGUAUAGAAAUGAAAAACAUGGGCUCUCCAGUAAAAGUUGGGAAGAUGGAUGCAACUUCCUUUUCUAGUAUUGCAUCUGAAUUUGGAGUGCGAGGCUAUCCAACGAUUAAGCUCUUAAAAGGUGACUUGGCAUACAACUAUAGAGGACCUAGAACCAAAGAUGAUAUAAUUGAAUUUGCUAAUAGAGUGGCAGGACCUCUUAUCAGGCCACUUCCUAGCCAGCAUAUGUUCGAGCAUGUGCAAAAGAGACAUCAUGUACUUUUUGUGUAUGUCGGUGGUGAAUCUCCUUUAAAGGAAAAAUACAUUGAAGUUGCUUCAGAACUAAUAGUUUAUACAUACUUUUUUUCUGCCUCAGAAGAUGUGCUGCCUGAGUAUGUGACAUUGCCUGAAUUGCCUGCUGUUGUGGUAUUCAAAGAUGGAACUUACUUUGUUUAUGAUGAGUAUGAAGAUGGUGAUUUGUCAUCCUGGAUAAACAGAGAGAGAUUUCAAGGUUAUCUUAAUGUAGACGGCUUUACGCUGUAUGAACUUGGAGAUACAGGAAAACUUGUGGCUAUUGCAGUCAUUGAUGAUAAAAACUCUUCAGUGGAACAUACCAGACUAAAGUCUAUUAUUCAGGAAGUUGCUAGAGAUUAUCGGGAUCACUUUCACAGUGACUUGACAAUCCCUACUAUUGUUGUACUGAAUACCUCCAAUCAGCAGUAUUUUCUACCAGAUAGGCACAUUGAGAACACGGAAGACAUGGUUCAGUUUAUUAACAAUAUCUUGGAUGGUACAGCUGAAGCACAGGGUGGUGAUGGACUUCUGCAACGAAUCAAGAGAAUAAUCUAUGAUGCCAAGUCUACUGUAGUGUCUGUGUUCAAGAGUUCACCACUUCUGGGAUGCUUUCUCUUUGGGUUGCCCCUGGGGGUCAUCAGCAUUAUGUGUUACGGGAUCUGCACAGCUGAUACAGAUGGAGGGAUAGAUGAACAUGAGGGAGCUAAAAAGGAAAACGGUGAUCGGGACCUCACGGACGAAGGCAGUGAGGAAGAACAAGAGGAGGAAAAGAACAGAAAAUAUACAGAACUUUCAGAUGGAGAGUUUAAACAGAAAGACAUAAUGGAAAAGAAAAAAGACUAACUUUGUUUAGGAAAAGUAUUCUCUAGAAUUUCCAAAUAGACUUAUUUAUUGAAGGUAGUCAUUUGUUGAUGAUCUUCGUGAAAGAGGACCUUUUUGUCUGCAUUAUGGUAGUUUUGACUUGCAUGUAUUCAAAUUUUCUCAGAAAUUGACAGAAAAAAAAGUGGAUGUUCUCUUAAUUGUCUUUAAUAGAUUAACAAAGAGCAAUUUAAACUGAAGAAAAUUGCAAGUACAAUUCUACACAGUUUUUUUUUAAGAGUUUUGAAUUGUUUAUUUCCAGACAGUGAGAUAAAGAUAAUGUUACUUGACCUUAGUGUAUGUGAUGAACUACUACUAAUAUAGCCCAGCUAAGCACUCACUCACUCAUAUAAAAUUAAGGCUGAAAACUAAGAAAGAUUAAGAGAUCCGUAAAGUCUUUCAGAACCUGAUAGCUAAAGACAACUUAGAGUUUUCAAAGAAGUCACAUUGCACAUUAUUUUGGAAAAAAAAGCCCAAACUUUUCUAUUUUCUCAAGUUAAAUGUAAAUUGUUAGGAAUGAGAGGGCUGUUUCACCAUGUAAUAAUAUAAUUAUUGGCAGUUAAGAAUGUUUACUUGUUACAGGAUUUGGGAGUUAUAUGCUAAAUUAAGUCUUUAUUAGCGCUUUAGCAGCUAAAAAUGUUGGAGAACUACAUUAUAAACCUUUUAGAACAUGACUGCCUGUUAAAUUGUUUUGUAUGAGUGCUUACACAAACUUAUAGUGGAAAUGAUCUUUACGUUUUCUGAAUCCACAGUACAGCUUCAUAAAGGAAGACGUAAAUAUAAACACCCUCUGACUAUUUUGCAUAACUCUGUACUGACAAGCUUUUUGAAUGGUGUAAAUUUGUUUUACAGUGUUUAAUUCAGAUUGUUAUAUAUCUUUGAGGUAGUUGCUGUUGAUACUUUUGUUUGAGACUGUUACCUACUCUGAAGGACGGAGUUAAUGGAGCAUAAUAUUAACAUUCAUAGAGAUUGGUCAGUAUAAUGCAUUUUUGUUACCUGUUUAAUCAUAAAAGUCAGUUUUAAUACAACCCUGUGACUGUGAAAAGGACUAAUUUGUGUCCAGGAUUAAAAUCUCCAAGGGUAAGCUGUAAAGCAGCCUUUGGCGUUGAUGUCAUGGAGAGUACCACAGAAACAAAACUUACAUUGCUCUUCCUCUUAGUAUUAAUGCUGGGGUUUUGGUUUGGGUUUUUUUUUUUUUUUUUGAGGUUAUAUUACUGUAUAAUACAGAUUAUAAUGUCCUCCUUAUAAGGCAGCUUGAUCACAUAAGAAAUUACUAUGCUAUAGCACUAAAUUAAGGAAUUUUAAAUAAAAAACAUGGGUAAGCUUAAAUAGACAAGUUCUGUGUUUGAGUAAACCUGAUGAUGAUAUAAGUCAUAACCAGGGAAAAUGUAUUGCAUCCUUUUUCCUUGUAGGAAAGACACUUUUUUCUUCUGUUUAAGUAGCUUGGUAACAGCUGGCUUCAUGUUGCAGUGCAGAGUACAGUAAGUAGAUGCCUGACUUCAAAGAUUUUUGUUGUCAAAGAGUAUAAACGAUAUCUAAGGAGAUUAGGAAAUUUUUUCAGAAAAAUUCCAUGUCUGAUUUUGAGUCCAACCUUUUUCCUUUUGCGAGGAGAGGAAAAAAAUGAGUUCAUAGAAUACUGAGUAGCAGAUGUCUGAUAUGGGUUAUUUUCCCUUUUUGUUUUCUCCUUUUUCCUUCUAUGAAUUGCCUUUUUUUCAUUUUUUGUCAUUAUAGCUAGUUGUACAUAGUGACUUGAGUG